GUCCCUGUAGCUGCCCAAGUUCUUAUUUGGCCAGCUGAAGUUGCAAGGGAGUGAGGUUUAACAGCGCCUGCCAAUUUAAACUGUGAUCCAGUUCACAAAGCAGCAUAAACCACAAACACAAUACCUAAGGAAAUGUCAUCAGCUGCCUGUGAAGACAAAUACUGUCAACGCCACAGCGUCGAUGAGAAGCAGUCGAGGAACUCCAUUCUAACUGAAUGGAUUGGUAUGGGGAGAAGCGGACCUCAAAUCACGGCUAAGCGGCAGCUUUGGGACUGUGUAACGUUGACGAUGGUUUUCCUUUGGCUGUUGUUUCGACCAGCUCAUUGCCAGCAGUGUCGAAUCCAGCGCUGCAACACGGAGUAUGUGGCUUCUACCUCAACCUCUGGUGGUCUACAGGAGGAUGUGGCUCUGGAUGUGGACUACUGCAUCGCCCUGCGAGCCUAUGCUCUGUGCACCCGCCGGCAGGCACGCAGCUGCAGGGGCGACCUGGUCUACCACUCCGCUGUCUUCCGCAUUAAGGAGCUAUUCUCUCAGUAUAACUGCUCCAGCGAUGGCCCCACGUCCUCGGCCAAGGUCCCCAGCACUUCUCGGCCAGCUGUGUCGGAGCUGUGCAACUACGAGAACCGCGUCCUUGUGUCAGGUUCAGCGGGGCAGCAGAAGAAAUACGCCCACUGUGGAUUAUUCGGAGACCCACACCUACGGACUUUCCGAGAUGAGUUUCAGACCUGCAAGGUGGAAGGGGCGUGGCCUCUGAUUGAUAACCGCUACCUGUCAGUGCAGGUGACCAAUGUGCCUGUUGUGCUGGGCUCCAGUGCCACGGCAACCAGCAAGAUCACAGUGAUCUUCAAGUCGUACCACGGCUGCACAGAUCAGAAGGUGUACCAGGCCACCACUGAAGACCUGCCGUUGGCCUUCCAGGACGGAACCCGCAGCGGCGGCGAGAGUGGCAGCCUCACAAUCGUAGAGCGCGGUGGCUCUGGCGUGGGCCGUCAGGUGAAGAUACAGGCCAGAUACAUCGGCACCUCAAUCAUCGUCCGGCGUGUGGGCAGCUACCUGACCUUUGCCAUCCGCAUGCCCGAGGACACACUGGACUUCUCAGAGGACAAUGGCGGUCUGCAGCUGUGUCUGCACGGUUGCCCUCGCAACGAGCUCAUCAAAGAGCACAUGCUGGGCCGCCAGCAGCCCCGCCUACCAGGCAACGGGCAGGGCACCAACGCAGAGCUGGGUCCACUACGGCCGCCUCACCAGGUCUACACUGUGGAACGGGCCACGGCCAAGUGUAGAGAGACUCUGCAGGUGGAGGACGUGUACUUUCAGUCCUGUGUGUUUGACUUGCUCACUACAGGAGAUCCAGAGUUCUCUAUGGCCGCCUAUGGCGCUCUGGAGGAUUUAAAGGCGCUGCCGCCCAGUAAACUGAAGCAGAACUCCCCGAGGACUCCUCGCCUUUACAACAAAGGGCUGUCACACACACACAACAGCCACUGUCUGCUCUCCCUCCUCCUCCUCAUUCUGCUGCUUUUGUAAAAAAUGUAUAAAUAUAAAUGAUUUAAACAAAGAGAAACAUGGAGACAAACAGAACGUGGAAGCAUCUCCAGCUUGAGGAAAGAGUGACUCGAGCACAGACAUAUAGAUGUGCAUUUUUUGGAAUCUGUGAAUGUUGUGAUCGAUUCCUUUUUUACUCAUUUGAAGGAUUUCCCACUGAUGAAAGACGGCCUUUUUUUCCACCUUUGCAUUUUUUUGUGGAUUGAUACCAGUGUCUACAGCUGAACAGAAUCACCGUGUUGGUUUCAUAUUGUCUUGGUUCACUAUUAAUUUGUUUACAGCAGUGUUGAAAAGAUGAAACUCGUCUGUGUGUGUGUGUGUGUGUGUGUGUGUGUGUGUGUGUGUGUGUGUGUGUGUGUGUGCGCGCGUGCGCUGACCUGAAGGCAGCCAAUCACGGUGAGCUUGUUGUAAAUAUUUCCUGUUUCAGAAAGUCCUGAUUAUGCACGAAUCUCUAAACACUCCACCACAUGUAAAGCUGCAUUAAAUGAACUCCGUCUCAGCUGUUUAUACAGAGCAGCGUGGCGUCUAGGUCCUGUAUACUCCACUAAUGUCAACAGCACUUAACAGUCAGUUUUGUGUAUUUAAAUAUUACUUCCUUUUCUGUUUCAAAUGUGUUGUUUUUCUCCAGAAAUUGGCCCGUUAUAUAACACAGGAUCCAACAACUGUAUGUAAAAACUACCUAUCCAUAGUCUGUCAUGUGUCAGUGUGAUAUUCAGCAGUUCCCCACCUCCUCUGUGAACACUCCCUCUUCAAGCUGUUUGGCUUCCAGUUUUAAAAGUAAAAAAAAAAAACACAAAUCUUUAUAUAAUAAUAUAUUAAAAGAGUGUAUAUAUGUGUUUUAUAUUGUGUACAUUUGCCUGUGUAUAGAUGUUUUAACUGUAAUAUGUUUUACAUUUGUUGUGAUUAGUAGGUCGUUUUUGAGUCAUCAUAAGAAAAGUAAACUAAUGUGUUGUGGUGUAUCUGUAAUUUUCUGUAUUAAAGUGUUGGACACUCUGUA